GGUAAAGAGAGCAACGCACAAUCUCUGUCAGCAGGGGACAAAGACACACUUCAAUACCUACUGACACACACACACAGAUUAGUGCAGGACUAUCAUACACAAAACACUCUUUUCCUGGGAUAUGAACCCUCUCAUCCUCACCUGUCUCCUGUGCUUUGUAGUCUGCAGUGCUUUAAGUGCUCAGGGAUCAGCGGGCACACAGUCAGGUGACCAAGCCGGAGUAACUGCAGGCCUGGCCUCAGGGGAAGGCCUCCAGAGUUUGCACAAUGAUGACGAUGAGCUGGAAACGGACGAAAUGAUUUCAGGAGGAGAUGAUGAAAAUGUCAGCUUCCACGACUUGCAUCCCAGUCAAGAUGAGAAGAAGAAAAGGAAGGGUAAAGGCAAGAGGAGGAACAGACACAAGAGCAAAAGCACAACUCCUUUCAACCCCGAGCACACAGCUUUCACUUACGGACACACAUCCACUCUGAGCACCACUGAGGAUCCCUGCAGCACCUCCCACCUGGACUACUGCAUUCACGGCUACUGCAAGCACAUAGAGGGCCUGCAUGAGCCAGUGUGCAUAUGUAUGAAGGGUUAUGAUGGGGAGCGCUGUGGAAUCCAGACUCUGGAGAUCAUUAAAAACGAGCCCACUGAGAGCAACAACACUGAGCUGGUGCAGACGGUCUUAGUGGUCAUCGCCGUGGUCCUUUCAGUCAUCAGUUGUACCGCCAUUCUGCUCAUGACCUGUGCUCAUUACAGGUCACAUAAAAACUUCCUGGCCUCCUACCUUGGGACUGUGUCAGAGCAGGAGAAGCUACAGAAACACACCGGUGAUGUUGUGGUGUGAGUGCGUCAGGUUACAACGAGCGUGUUAACCAGUUCACAGAGGACGGCUCUGAACACCCGAGAAAGCAGUAGACCAGCUAGACGGCUUCACUAGAUGCUGUGCAAAAACACUGUCCAGACUUUGUUAGAAUUUAAUUUAUUUAGUGUGAUUAUUUAUUGUUAACUACAUAAGUGUUUGUAUGUUGGACAACUAUUAUAAUGCCUUUUUAUGUGUGAAUGCUGAGCAUUCAGCCUUUUGAUGUUCUCUAGUUUUUGUUUUAUUUAUUGCACUGCUAUUGUUAUAGGUCAGAAAAAACAAAAA